AGCUCUCUUUGCCUUUUGGCUUAGAUCAAGUGUAGUAUCUGUUCUUUUCAGUUUAAUCUCUGAAAGGUCUCUAAGGAGACCAAUCGUGAUUAUUCUUAUUUUUGUCCUCAGGGCGGUCUCCUCUGUGCUUGCACAUGAUUCCGCCCACAGUGUCCCUGGUAUUACACUGCCUCCAGGCGACGCGAACACUUUAUCUUUUCAUUGCUUUGUCUGGGGCUUGCCCUGGCAGCGAAGAAGAGACUCGAUAUUUCGUAGAGAGUAGAAAUCAGCUUCAUGAUGCUGUAGAUGUUCUGUAUCGCGAGUCCAGUUGAGCGGGUAUUCCCAUUUGUAGCCUCGCGUCGUAAAUUCUAGAUAAUUUUUCCUAGUGCAGCCUCGCCAUAUUCAAAUCGUAAAAUCUCUGCCCUCGUCACGCUGUAGCACCCAACGCCAUCUCGAGUCUCUUUCUGCAUGCCAACAGCUAAAACGUCCAGCACUCUCAGCCACUAACUGGUGAAAAAUCUCUCCAAUCAAAUCCAUCUUCCUUCUCUCAGCCUCAUCCAUCUCAACCUCAUCCCACCACCAUCACCAGCAUCACCACCACCACCACAACCAUGUCCGCUCCUCCACCCUCCCUCCUCGACCCCUCCAUCUUCUCCUCCCUCGAAGCCAAGCUCGAGCAAGAGACCCAAGUCCGCGACACCCUCUCCCAAAUCGUCCAGCGCCUCGACCGCGCCGCCGCCACAGCCCAAGGCCUGCUCUCACGAGUCCACUCGACGCCUCGCGCACGCUACCCCGCCCUCGUAGCUCAAGUCGAAGCCGCCGUCAAGGAAGAAGCCGUCAUCAUCAACGAGCUCGAAAAAGUCGCCUCUCAGCACCCUUACUACAAAUACAACAACAAAUGGUCCCGCUCCAUCCAACACGCCAUCGGCACAACAAUCUACUGCGCCUGGCUCGGCGGCUUCCCCUCCACCUCAUCUUCGUCUGAACCCGAAUCAGCCUCCAAGCCAGCGCCCGAAAUAGGCCGCCUCCUCACCCUCGAAGAAGUCGGCGCCAUCUUCUCAGUCCCAACAAACCUCAAAGACCGCGACGCCUUCCACCUCACCAUUGAAGAAUACCUCCUCUCCCUCAUCGACCUCACGCAGGACCUCUCCCGCCUCGCCACAAACGCAGUCACCCUCGGCGACUUCCAGCUGCCCCUCACCAUCAGCGCCUUCGUCAAGGACCUCUUUGCCGGCUUCCAGCUGCUCAACCUCAAAAACGACAUUAUCCGCAAGCGCGCCGACAGCGUCAAGUACGAGGUCAAGAGGGUCGAGGACGUCGUCUACGACUUGAGCCUCAGGGGCUUGAUCCAGAGACCUACGGCUGGCGAUACCGAGAUGGAGUCUGCUUGAGUUUUAUUAUUUUAUAAAAUGGCUAGAUGACGAGAAAAGUAAUUCACAUUCACAUUGACAAG